AUGAUUAUAUAUGAUGGUCAGAAGACUGAUGUUUUUCCGUUGGUUAUUCAUUUGGUGAGUUCUACGCCUUACGAAUCUGAUAAAGUUGUGCCUUACAAGUAUAAUGCUACUAUGGUGGAAGACGACAAAAUGGUUCUUAUUCCUUCUUUUUCGUCUAUUGUGAACAUUGCUGAUAGGACUAAAGAUGUUGUGAUAGAGAAAUCAAAUCAAGAGAAAACUAUUGUCACGCGGACCAUCAAAUCCAGUAGUGUGAAUCAGAAUGUUGAUCAAGAUGAAGUGCUGAAAUUGAUUAAGAUAAGUGAUUUUAAUAUGGUGGACCAGUUGUUGCACACCCCAUCUAAGAUAUCCGUUCUAUCUUUGCUAAUGAGUUCAGAAGAUCAUCAAGAGGCGUUGCAGAAGGUCCUAGAGCAAGCUUAUGUGGACCACAGCAUAAUAAUUGAUCACUUUGAUGGCAUUGUGGACAAUAUUACCUCAUGUAACAAUUUGAGCUUUAAUGAUGAAGAGCUGCUAGAGCAAGGGAGGAACCAUAAUUUAGCCUUGUAUAUCUCUAUGAACUCUCAAGAAUAUACCAUGUCCAAUGUGCUGGUGGAUACUGGUUCUUUUUUUAAUGUUCUUCCAAAGUCCACUAUGUCCAAGCUUUCUUAUCAAGGUGCUCCGAUGAGAUUCAGUGCAGUUGUUGUGAAAGCCUUCGAUGGCUCAAGGAAGACUAUCACUUUUAAAUUGAUAGAUAUUCAUCCCGCUUAUAGUUGUCUCUUAGGACUUCCGUGGAUUCAUGAGGAUGGGGCAGUUACAUCAACUCUACACCAGAAGUUGAAGUUUGUGAAGAAUGGAAAGUUAGUGAUUAUGGGUGGCGAGAAGGCCCUGUUUAAGAAUGAGGAAUCUGUGUCAUCCUUGAAGGAUGCCCAACAUGUGUUUAAGAAUGGUCAAUCUGCUAAGUGGGGACAAAUUGUUGAGCUUGCAAAAAACAAUAAUAGAGCUGGUUUGGGUUUUUCACAUGGUUCAACCCAAAGAAAUUUGAAACGAAUUCAAGAGGUGUUUCAAAGUGUUGGCUUUAUUCAUUCCAAAGAUCAGUAUACUACCGCAAUUUUAGAAGACGAUGAAGAGAAAGGAGUGUCAAACUUUGUGACACGUGGAUCGAUGUGCAAGAACUGGAUUGGUGUUGAUGUUCCUUUUGUUAUUCACUUAUCAAAAUUACCAUUGAAGCCAGAAUGUUCGCCGGUAAAACAAAAGUUGAGAAAACUUCACCCUAAUAUGGCUGUUAAGAUUAAAGAGGAGGUGCAAAAGCAUAUUGAUGCUGGAUUCCUUGUUACCGUCGAGUAUCCUCAAUGGGUGGCUAACAUUGUACCCGUUCCAAAGAAAGAUGAUAAAGUUUAG